AUGGGAGCAGAACAAUCUCAAUAAAAUACAGAAAGCUAUGAAGACUUACUUGUAAAAAAUACUAUAGUAAAAAAAGUAAACGACCCUCAAUAUGGCGAAUGUACAAUCCUAAAAGAAAAAACAAGCGGAAAGUAAACCAUUUUAAGAGAAAUAAAUACUACCGGAGAAGAAGAGUUUUAAAAAAAUUUCUCUAUAUAUUCUUUAAAAUAAAACUUAAUACAUACAAAUGUUAUCUAAUUAAUAAAAUGCAUAUAAAAAACUGAAAGUUAAUUUUGUUCCACAUUUUACAAAAUAUACUUAGUUUUUGAAUUUAUAGAAAACUCCCUUUAACUAGAAAUCGACAAAAGGAAUGAAUUAAACCAAAAGUUCAGUGAAGAAGAAUUAUGGAAUAUUUUAAGCCAAACAAUAAAUGGUUUAUCUUAUUUAUAUUAAAAUAAAAUUUCUCAUUAAAAUAUUAAGCCAUCCACCAUAUACAUUACAAACGAAGGUCUCGUAAAAGUCAUAGACCCUUAAUUAUUCUAAUAGAUAAGUAUGUACUAAGAUAUUCUAUCUAACAAUUCAAAAUUAUAAUAACAUAGAUAUUUAUCUCCCGAACUAAUAAGAAGCUUGAAAUAAUAAGAAUGGUCUCCUAACCAUAAUUAAUAAAAAAGUGAUUUAUUCAGUCUUGGAAUGUGUGUAUUAUAUGCUGCCAAUCUACAACCUUUAGAAGAUUGUUAUGAUUAUAAAGAAUUUUCUAUUAAAUAAAACAACCUCAAUUAACAUUUAAAUAAGGUAAAAGCUUAAUAUGGAAAUAAUUUAUAUAGUUUUUUAUAAAUCAUGCUUAAUUUUAAUCCUGAUGAAAGGCAAGAUAUUGUAUUUCUUGAUAGUAUUUUAAAUAUGCCUAAUACUUAAAAUAAUUAAACUUAAAUACCUCUCCCUUAAUAAUAAUAUGCUCCUAAAAUAUAAUAAUAAACCCAUUAGUAAAUAUCUUAAAUUUAAUAAUAGAUUCCUUAAAUUUAAUAAUAAAAUCAUUUAUAAUAAUAAUAAGUAAUAGCUUAGACAUAUACAUAAUAAUAAUAGACAUAAUAUUAAUAAAUAUAACAAUUUAACUAAUAUUAGGAACCCUUAAAAUAAAAACAAUAACAAUAAAUAACACAAUAACAAUAACAAUAAUAAUAAUAAUAAUAAUAAUAAUAAUAAUAAUAAUAAUAAUAAUAUUAGUAAAAACUAUCAAACUAAUAAUAAUAAUAUGUAACAAAACAAGAAUUCUUAUAAAAUCCCAUUCCUUUACAAUCUGAAGAUACAAAAAGAAACAAAUCUCAAAUACAACCUUAAGUAUAAUUACAAUCACAAUAAUAUUAUUAAUAACAAAGUCGUACUUAAUAAUAGCAACCCACACUUUCAAAACCAAAAAUAGCUCCUUCUAUGAUGAAAGAUAAUGAAGAUGUAGGAAGCACUAUUAAAUUUAUUCCUUAGGACGCAACAUCUAAGAUAGCAAAACCAGAUGAUAAUAUAGGAAAUGCUUUAGGAGGUGAUCCUUAAGAAAGUAAUAUGGAAGAAGAUAAUCAAGAUCAUUUAAAAUAAAUAUAAAUUAACUACCAAAAUAGUUACUAAAACAGUGUAUAAUAAUAAUAAAUAGAAAGCAAUUAUUAAUAAUAAUUUAGUUAACCAAACCCCUAAGUAUCAAAUUUUAACCCAAAUAUUAUUAAUUAGAAUUAUACUUCUUAGUCUAAUCCUUAUAAUAAUUUCUAAUAUAUAAAUAAUACUGACAUUUAGAAUAAACCUUUAACAGGAAUUCCUAAUUCUUAUGGAAUAAAUGAUAACUUUUAGUAUAUUCCUGGCCUUUCUUAAUAAACAUCGAAUAUUUAAACUAAUGUAUUAGGGUAAAACAAUUAUACUAUAAAAAAAGAAGAAGUUGAUGAAUUAGUUAAAAGAGCACUUAAUCCAAAUAUUAAUACUACUAAUAUUAUUAAAGAUAAUAAUGUAAAACCUGUUUAAGAAUAAUAAGGAGCAUACAAACAAUAUGUAAUCGAAAAUUAUCAAAAUAAUUCACGAUAUGAAGGUGAAAAAUUAAACGGCUUAAGACAUGGCAGAGGAAAAUUUUUUUAUUAAGAUGGUGGCCUAUACGAUGGGGAAUGGAAAGAAAACAAAAUGCAUGGAAAAGGAGUUCUUAGCUAUGCUAGUGGAAAACCUGCAUAUGACGGAGAUUGGGUAGAUGAUAAAUUUGAAGGCUUUGGAAUACUUUAUAAUGAAAAUCCAGCAGUUUUAUAAGGGCCUUUUGAUUAUACUAAUUUCGAUAAUGUAGAUGAGUUUUGGACUAAAUAUGAUGGGUAAUUCAAGGAUGAUAAUAAGGAAGGAUUUGGUACUUUAUAUUUGUCUAAUGGUGAAAAAUUUACAGGAACUUUCCAAAAAGAUUUUGUUAAUGGACCAGGGACGUUUUUCUGUUUAAAUAGGUAACCUAUUAAUGGUGUAUGGCAUAUACACCAACAUUAAUCUUUCUAAGUUAAAAAUUCUGCUGUUUUUGGUCAUACAAAAUUCUCAGACUUAUCUCCUCAAUAAUUUGCCUAAAAGCACUUAAAAUUAAAUCAAAAAAAACUUUUAUAAGUAAAAAAAGAAACAAAAAAACUUACAACACCAAUUUAAUAAGAUAUUACUGUUGAAGAAAAUGUACCUGAAUAAUUCGACUGGAGAGACAGAAACGUAGUAACAGAGCCUAAAUACUAAAAUACAUGUGGCAGUUGUUGGACUUUUUCUACUACAGGAGUCAUAGAAUCUCAAUAUGCAAUUAAGCAUUAAAAGCUAGUCCCUUUUUCUGAAUAAUAACUAGUAGAUUGUGAUGAUAUAAAUGAUGGAUGUCAUGGAGGAUUAAUGACUGAUGCUUACAAAUAUCUUUAAUAAUCCGGAGGAUUAGAAUUUGCUGAAGAUUAUGGGGAUUAUAAAAAUAAGAAAGAAAAAUGCAAAUUUGAUUUGAAUAAAGUAUAAGCUAAAAUUAAAGAAUGGUAGUAAAUCGAUGAAGAUGAGGAAAUUAUCAAAAAAUAACUUUACUAAAAUGGACCUAUAGCAGCAGGUGUAAAUGCUAGAUUAUUAUAAUUUUAUAAAAGUGGUAUAUUUGACCCUAAAGAAUGUGAUUCGGAUAUUAAUCAUGCAAUUUUGAUUGUUGGGUAUGGAGUAGAAAAGGAUGGAUAGAAAUAUUGGAUUAUUAAAAAUUAAUGGGGAAAAGAUUGGGGUAUGGAUGGAUAUUUUAAAUUGGCGAGAGGAAAGAAGUAAUGUGGAAUUCAUACUUAUGCUAGUAUCGCUUUUAUUGAAUGA